ACGUCGGCACGUACCAUCGUCGAUCUCUUAUCUGGUUUCAAAAGAUACCAGCUCCAAGUAAUGUAAUCAAGUAUCGAGCGAUAACGCUCCAAAGGCCCAACCAUAACAAACACAAUCGCAAGUCAAAACGGCCGUUCGCGUCGUUACCAACUUAACACACCAUUCGUUUGCUUCGCCAGAUCGAAAAUUCUAUUAUCCAAGCCCAAGAUGCACAUUGAGGUGCAGGUGGCGCUAAACUUCGUCAUAUCGUACCUGUAUAACAAGCUGCCAAGGCGACGUGUUAAUAUAUUUGGCGAAGAGCUCGAGAAGGCCCUCAAGGAUAAGUUCAAAGGUCACUGGUAUCCGGAGAAACCAUUCAAGGGCUCCGCCUUUCGAUGUUUAAAAACCGGUGAUCCCGUCGACCCGGUGCUCGAGCGUGCAGCUAAAGAGAGCGGAGUACCCAUUCAAGAUAUUCUGGAGAAUUUGCCGUCCGAGCUCGCCGUUUGGGUUGACCCAGGUGAGGUCAGCUAUCGUAUCGGCGAAACCAGUCAAGUGAAGAUCCUCUACUCCGAGAGCGCGGAUCCGCAUGACGAGUCAUCGGCCGACCGCGAGGUCACUAAAACCUUUAACCCCGAAGCCCAAUGCUUUCGUCCGAUCGAGGUAGUGGGUACGUCGUUGAGCGGCCUCAGUCUCAGUCCCAAGUCGACCUCACCAUUUCCCAAUUCCAUGGCCAGCAACGCAAGCAAUGGAUCUGGCACCUGCAAUCAACAAAACGGCCACGGCUCCGGCUCCUCAUCAGCGCCCUCGCCUACGCCACUCACGAACUCCUUCAAGGGCUCACCCAGUCCUGUCCCAGCUUUUAUACCAAGGUCUACAGCUCCGCUAACUUUCACCACGGCUACAUUCGCUCAGACCAAGUUUGGCAGCACUAAGCUCAAGACUAGCAGCAAGAGAGCUAACAGAUCUAGGAUGUCGCCCACCGAGUUUUCAAACUACAUAAAACAACGAGCUAUGCAACAGCAAAUCCACCAUCAUCAUCACCACCAGCAGCAGCAACAUCAACAAUCGGGAGCUCAAGGGUUACAAAAUUCCGGGGGUCUCUCCGUCUCCCAAAAUUCAUCUAACAGCCGUAGCUUGUCACCAGGACUUGCUACUGUAAACGGUCACAACCAACAUCCAACAUCAGCUACUACAACCGACUCGAGCGCUUACUUCUUUCACCAAGCGCCACCACCAACGUACCAUCCGCAGUUCCCACACCGGGGCAUCUUCGAUUCGACCGGCACGCAUGGCGGUUAUCUUGCCGCAGCGGCAGCCGCAGCUGCCACUGAUCUCUACACCGGCGCUAAGUUUCCCUCCUCUUAUCUUGAUCCCAAUACAAUUGGACAUCAAUUUUAUGGCGGUGUGAAUACCAAUAGCAACAGUGCAACGCAAAACGGUGCUGCCACUCUUGGUCCAAUCGGCUCCACCUCGGCUGCCGCAGGAGCCACCAAUGGAACAGCCUCAGCAACUACAACGCAACAGCAACAGACUGAUAAAGCUGCAUUGGUCGAUGGCCUAAACAACUUCGGAUUGGGUUCGGUGGCGCCUUAUCCAGCUAAUAAUUAUCAACACCUAUUGGUGGCGAAUUAAUACGGUACAAUUUCCAACAUCGCCAGUGCAGGCUUGUCCGAACUCAAAUCGUCAUUCGUUGCAUGAUAAUAACGAUUCGAAAAAAAGAAAUUGAGCAAAUUGACCAUCCAAUAUAUACUGAAUGAUACACAUGCACAAGCUUGAUAAAUAACAUUCUAUUUCACUUGAUCGUCUCAUUACAGUUUCGCUUUUCCUCUUGUUAUAGAAAUUCUUGUAGGUUACGUACAGAAGCUACCAUAUUACCGCUUUCAAAUUAAAUAGGCAAUUUUUGGUCCCAUACCCUUCUGGCUAUAUUAUGAGACUAUAUAAUCCAUAAAUACUUGCAAUUUUUGCAGGCACAAGUACCCACGU